CUUUGCAUGUUGCUGGUCAUUUUUUGAACCCUCAAUUCUUUUAUAAUGACCUAAGCAUUGCAACAAAUAAAGAGAUUGUGAGGGGCUUAUAUGAUUGUAUUGAAAAGUUAAUUCCAAAUCAUGAUGAUCAAGACAAAAUCAUAGAUUAAUUGCACUUGUACAAAGAAGUUGAGGGGAUGUUUGCUGAUCCCAUGGUAGUGCGGUCCAGGAGCAAAAGAGCACCUGCUCAAUGGUGGAGUUCAUAUGGAAUGGAAACUCCAGAGUUGAUGAGCUUGGCCACUCGAAUUUUGAGUUUAACUUGUAGUGCUGCUGGUUGUGAGAGAAACUGGAGUGUUUUUGAGCAAAUUCAUAGCAAGAAGAGAAACAGACUUGAGCAUAAGAAAAUGCAAGAUCUUGUAUUUGUUAAGUAUAAUCAAGCUCUUAAAGCUCGAUAUAAUAGCAAGGAUGAAAUUGAUCCAAUCUUCCUUGACUAUAUUGAUGAUAGUAAUGAAUGGUUGAUUGGAAAAAUGGGUGGUGACCAAGAUGAUGCUGAAAAUGAAUUUGUUUUUGGUGAUGAUGACUUGACUUGGGGAGAGGUAGCUAGAGCUUCUGGUGCUGAAGAGCCUAGAAAAUAUACUAGAAGAAUUUUUGGUAGACAAUCAGCACUAAAACCUUCAAGUUCUAAAGGAAAAGCUGUUGUACAAGAAAUUGAAGAAGAAGAGGCUGAUACAGAGGAAUCAGAGGAAGAGAUUGAGGAUUAUCACUCAAGUGAUGGAGAUGACAGCAGUGAUGAUGAUGAGAUGAAUGUAGUUGAUGAGGAUGACAUAGAUGCAGAUGAUUUAUCUUAGAUUUUGGAAUGAUAUUAUGCUGUUUUUUACUUUCUGCACUAUUUUAAUUUCUUGACUAUUAUGCUUACAUGCACUGCUAGUUUUCUGUUUUGAAUUUCUGAUAAUUGAUGUUAUGAACUUUAAAAUCUGUUUUAUUAAUAUAUCAUGUUUUGAGUA